AAGCAGCCAACAUUGGCGUCUUCCCUCCAACUUCCCGCCCCGCCAAUCUUCGAGAUGCAGACCGCCAACCAAAUCACUACCUCCCGCUCUGCUGCCUCCCGCCGCCGCCGUGCCAUACCUUCCAAGAAAACGGAAUGCACCCGACUUUGCACCGGCCAAAAGCUUCGACGGAUACCAUUAGCCACAAAGACCGAUGGAAACGGUGCUACCCCAUUACCCUCCAAGCUUCGUCUCCCGCGCACUCUCCCGCGACCAGUGCUCGGUGAAGUCGACUUGACUUCCUCGCAUAACCAUCUGGCGCACGUACCGCCUGAAUACGUCCGCGAAAAGCUACUUGGGUCUCUUCCCAGUAUGCGAGCUUCCCUUGCUGCAGUCAAAUGCACUUUGAACUCGACCCGCCUUGCGAAGGCGGCCCAAAUUCUGGCGAACGAUAUCGUUUCGGCCUAUCCUCCAACCCACAUGCUGGCCAUCCACGGCACUGCCUCGUCCAGCAGCAACACACAAGCAGUUUCGCUUUUCCCGGUCCACGAUAUCGUGUUUGCUGCCCAUUGCGCCACUUUCCCCGUACUUCCCUCUUCCCAACCGACAACCACCGACUCCACGAUUUCUGUCCCCAUUGUCCCGAUGCGUAUUCCAUCUCCCGAGACUUUCUCUGCUCUGCACGGAUACCUCUACACCCAACAACCGUCAUUCCUGCGAUCUGCGCUGAAGACACCUCUCGAAGCAGAGGGCGACUUCCUUCGUCUUGCUGCCCACGCGCACAAAAUCAAGGGACUGUGGGCGAAUGCUUGCCUGCUGGGAGUUGUCGAUGACCGCGUAUUCGAGGUUGUCGAGGAGGCCUGGACACGCGUGCUUGACGCUAUGCAGACAGCCAGUUCAUGA